AUGGCUUCUCCUCACGCCCCCGUUGAUCGGUUUCUCAAGGGCAUCAACACAGCAGAUCUCGAGCUCAUGUUGAGUGCCUUUGCAUCGGAUGCUGAGGUCAUUGACGAUGGAAAGAGUUUCACCGGAGAUGCCAUUACAGCCUUAAAUGCCGUGCCUAGACCCGAAGGGCUCGAUGCGAAGUCCGCAAGCGUCAUGGGGAUUGCCUGGCUGACAGCUUACCGCAUGUUGUUCACCCAGGCAAAAGUCAGAGCCGGCCAAACCGUUCUCGUGCAAGGAUCAUCUGGUGGCGUGACGACAGCACUCAUUCAGAUGGGCUCAGCCGCUGGCUUCCGCGUAUGGACAACGGGGCGGACGAAAGCGAAACGCGAGCUCGCAAGCUCGCUUGGUGCAGAACGUACUUUCGAGCCUUCAGCAAAAUUGCCUUUUCUUGUGGAUGCCGUCUUCGACCCGGCGGGAGCAUCGACAAUUUCCCACUCUCUAUCCUCUGUCAAACCAGGCGGAACGGUCGUGUCGUGCGGGAUUCACUCCGAGGGCGGCUCGUCAGAUGUCACGAUCGACCUGUUACACCUGAUGGCAAACCAGAUCACUUUGACAGGGGUCUAUACGGGCACGCGGGACGAAUUUGUCAACCUGCUGGAUUUUGUGACGGCUGCCGGUAUCAAGCCGUAUAUCGGCAAAGUACUGCCUCUGGAGAGGGCCACCGAGGGACUGAGGGAUAUUUGGGAAGGCAAAACGAAUGGGAAAAUUGUAAUCGAAAUCUGA